AUGAGUGAACGACGCAGACUUGGCGAUGUCGCCAUGGACGUCAUGCUGUUUGCAGGCGUGAUGACAGCAGGCAUCUAUGUGGCGAGAACCUUUUUGAAUCCGAUACUCAGCAACCUGGCAGAUCCCGACAAGGAGCGGCAAGAGCAGGCUAAGAACCAGGCCAAGGCACACCUCGAACGUCUGAACCGGCGACAUCGAGACAACCAAGACCCCGAUGGCGACACAAGCAGCGGCUCAAGACGGGGAGUAGAAGACUUACGUCUCAAUGAAUACGAGAGCUUGAUUGCAUUGGAGAUGGUGGCGCCCGAAGACAUACCCGUGGGAUUUGAUGACAUUGGUGGCCUUGAGUCAAUCAUCGAGGAAAUCAAGGAAGCCGUCAUCUAUCCACUGACGAUGCCUCACAUAUACUCGCACGCCAAGUCGCUGCUAUCAGCUCCCUCGGGCGUCCUAUUGUUCGGCCCCCCCGGCUGCGGAAAGACGAUGCUGGCCAAGGCCAUGGCCCAUGAGAGUGGCGCCUCUUUCAUCAACCUUCACAUUUCUACGCUCACCGAGAAGUGGUACGGCGACUCCAACAAGAUUGUCCGUGCCGUUUUUUCCCUUGCCCGCAAAAUGCAGCCCGCCAUCAUCUUCAUCGACGAGAUUGAUGCCUUGCUGGGAACACGCAGGAGUGGAGAGCAUGAGGCGAGCGGCAUGGUCAAGGCUGAGUUCAUGACCCUCUGGGACGGACUGACGUCGUCAGAUUCGUCUGGGAAACCUGCACAGAUUGUGGUUCUCGGAGCCACUAACCGCAUCCACGACAUUGACGAGGCCAUCUUGCGCCGUAUGCCAAAGAAGUUCCCCGUCUCUUUACCCAACCGCGAGCAGCGCCGGAGAAUUCUGCAGCUCGUACUGGACGGGACGAAGACGGAUAAGAACGAGUUUGACCUCGACUAUGUUGCCAAGGUUAGCGCAGGGAUGUCUGGCAGUGACCUGAAGGAGGCCUGCCGGGAUGCAGCCAUGGCCCCUGUGCGCGAGUACAUGAAGCAACACAGAGGACAGGGCCGGGCCAUGGCGCCAGUCAACCCAGACGAUUUUAGGGGUAUCAGGACUUCCGACUUCCUGGGGGGAGUUAGCACCCGGGGUCAGACACACGCACCCAGGCAGAACUCGGUGCAUGUGGUUGAGAAGAAGCCAUCGUCAAGUGACGAGUACGAGGAUGUCGAUGAGCCCAUUGCCGAGCCUCAGGAUUGA